AUGAAGCUUCUGUGCCCCACUAUUUCUCUUGGGUUGUUUGGGAUUGCGGUACAAUGCGCUGCAGUAACAAACACAAAGAGCCAGGAGGGUACAUUAGACAUCAUUCGUGGACUAAAGCAGGAUCCUGAGGGAUUCACCGAUAUCGGCGCAGACGGAAUCGCACGAUCCCUCGAUGGACAAGGGAACGUUAUUGAUUUCAGAAGACUGACCAACGCUCAGUUGCUCAAACUUGCACAAACGACGUCUGUGGAUGCUGAAGAACUCGAGCACAACAUCGCAGCUUGGCAGGAUGCCGAUGGUUGGAAAGUGCCCCUCACCCAGGCUUUGAAUCCCCCUAAUAAAGCGGAGGACAUAAACAAUCAUGGGAGCAUGGCAAAGAGUAUUGAUACGCGACCGGCUGCCAUGGCAGCCAUGCAAUUGAGGGCCGAUAUUUGGUGCUACGCAAUAACCUGCACGACGAAUAUAGAGUGCAGAAGAAUUCACUGUACUGGUUGUUCUACACGGCCUUACCAACGCAGGUACUGCUACCCGUGA